GAUAAUAAUAAUAAUAAUAAUAAUAAUAAUAAUAAUAAUAAUAAUAAUAAUAAUAAUAAUAAUAAUAAUAAUAAUAAUAAUAAUAAUAAUAAUAAUAAUAAUAAUAAUAAUAAUAAUAAUAAUAAUAAUAAUAAUAAUAAUAAUAAUAAUAAUAAUAAUAAUAAUAAUAAUAAUAAUAAUAAUAAUAAUAAUAAUAAUAAUAAUAAUAAUAAUAAUAAUAAUAAUAAUAAUAAUAAUAAUAAUAAUAAUAAUAAUAAUAAUAAUAAUAAUAAUAAUAAUAAUAAUAAUAAUAAUAAUAAUAAUAAUAAUAAUAAUAAUAAUAAUAAUAAUAAUAAUAAUAAUAAUAAUAAUAAUAAUAAUAAUAAUAAUAAUAAUAAUAAUAAUAAUAAUAAUAAUAAUAAUAAUAAUAAUAAUAAUAAUAAUAAUAAUAAUAAUAAUAAUAAUAAUAAUAAUAAUAAUAAUAAUAAUAAUAAUAAUAAUAAUAAUAAUAAUAAUAAUAAUAAUAAUAAUAAUAAUAAUAAUAAUAAUAAUAAUAAUAAUAAUAAUAAUAAUAAUAAUAAUAAUAAUAAUAAUAAUAAUAAUAAUAAUAAUAAUAAUAAUAAUAAUAAUAAUAAUAAUAAUAAUAAUAAUAAUAAUAAUAAUAAUAAUAAUAAUAAUAAUAAUAAUAAUAAUAAUAAUAAUAAUAAUAAUAAUAAUAAUAAUAAUAAUAAUAAUAAUAAUAAUAAUAAUAAUAAUAAUAAUAAUAAUAAUAAUAAUAAUAAUAAUAAUAAUAAUAAUAAUAAUAAUAAUAAUAAUAAUAAUAAUAAUAAUAAUAAUAAUAAUAAUAAUAAUAAUAAUAAUAAUAAUAAUAAUAAUAAUAAUAAUAAUAAUAAUAAUAAUAAUAAUAAUAAUAAUAAUAAUAAUAAUAAUAAUAAUAAUAAUAAUAAUAAUAAUAAUAAUAAUAAUAAUAAUAAUAAUAAUAAUAAUAAUAAUAAUAAUAAUAAUAAUAAUAAUAAUAAUAAUAAUAAUAAUAAUAAUAAUAAUAAUAAUAAUAAUAAUAAUAAUAAUAAUAAUAAUAAUAAUAAUAAUAAUAAUAAUAAUAAUAAUAAUAAUAAUAAUAAUAAUAAUAAUAAUAAUAAUAAUAAUAAUAAUAAUAAUAAUAAUAAUAAUAAUAAUAAUAAUAAUAAUAAUAAUAAUAAUAAUAAUAAUAAUAAUAAUAAUAAUAAUAAUAAUAAUAAUAAUAAUAAUAAUAAUAAUAAUAAUAAUAAUAAUAAUAAUAAUAAUAAUAAUAAUAAUAAUAAUAAUAAUAAUAAUAAUAAUAAUAAUAAUAAUAAUAAUAAUAAUAAUAAUAAUAAUAAUAAUAAUAAUAAUAAAAAUAAUAAUAAUAAUAAUAAUAAUAAUAAUAAUAAUAAUAAUAAUAAUAAUAAUAAAAAUAAUAAUAAUAAUAAUAAUAAUAAUAAUAAUAAUAAUAAUAAUAAUAAUAAUAAUAAUAAUAAUAAUAAU